AGAAGAACUUUGACUUAUCGAGAGUCCUGAUUUUAUUUGACGUUCAUCACAAAUAAAGCGUUACUAGAAAAUUUUUCUAAUGUUAAAGUUCUAGAAAGUGAGAAAUAUAGUGUUUAAAACAAAAUAUAAAAUGAAUUCUUUAGUUAAUUAUGGAAGCGAUGAUGACUUAGACGAUUCUCCAGAUGAAAAAUCAAUGGAUUCUUAUGGACCACCCGGGAAAAACUACAAAAAACCUGCAACAUCUCAACAACCUGAUGACACAAAUUACGAUGAAGUUCAAAUGAGUUUAAGUGAGGACUCUGACGAUGAAUCCAAAUCCCCAUCCAGGUAUGGUAGAGAUAGAGAUGAUACGAAACGCGGUAGUCCCAAAUACAAGGAUUUUUCCAAAGAUCGACGAGAAGACAGAUCCGAUAAGGAAAGAUACAACGGCAGAGAAGAAAGAUCCAGGUAUAGAGAUGAAGACAGAUCUAAAAACCGGGACAGCAGAAGCAGAGACGACGACAGAAAUAGGGACAGAUAUAGAGAAAGGGACGAAGAUAGAAAAGAUGAUAGAAGAGCUAAAUCGAGAGAAAGUUAUAGUAGCAGAGAUGACAGAAGUAGACAAGAUAGGGAUCGAAGAAGAAGCAGAUCGCCCAGAGACAGUAGAGAUAGGAGACGUAGCAGAUCUCCUAGACGAUCUAGAUCUAGGUCACGCGAAAGAAUAGGAAGGGGAGGUUUCCAAAGAAGAUUUGAUAGACGAAACAAAUUUAAUCAAAACGAUCCAAAAUCCAAUCAGCUAGUCACUGAACAAGGUAACGAUCCUCAAAAUAAAGAUAGAUUCUUCAUGCCUGGUAUUACUGGACGAUUUAGAGACCAAAUCGAAAAACGUAAAUUAUUGUGGCAGAAAAAAGGCGAGGAAACUUCAACUGCUUCAACAACAGCUCCAGAGCCACUUCCAAAUGCACCAAAAGCAACUAAAGUUUGGGAAGGAACAACUUUUGCACAAGAUACGGACGGUAAAGUGGCCAAUAAAUUCAAACGUUUAAUGGGCAUUAAAACACCAAAUGAUGGAAAUAAAGCUGCCAGCGAAGUGCUUAAAAAACAAGACGAAAUGUUCAGCGCCAUGGAACAACAAUACGAAGUGGCACGGACCACGACGCAUACCAUGAGAGGCGUCGGCCUCGGAUUUGGAAGUUACAACCGAUAAACGGAUAUGAUAUUACCAUUCAUGUAACUCAAAAACUAAUUUAAAAAUACUUAUAUUGUAAGUAAAUAAAGUUUGAUCUGAAAAA